AUGGUUCUUAUCACCGCCUCGACAGUGUCUGCGGUGCUCUCAGCGGGCAUCAUCGUAGCUUUCACCUUCCUGCUCUUCCUGGCUGGCUAUGUUCUACAGCAGCAGUCAGUCAACUCCCUUCGUGAAGCGAUCCGGCAGCCGCCACCAAAGCCACCGAAACCAGUGCUCCCGGACAAGUUCAGAGAACGAGACCAUGAUGAACAGCUAGCAGCGCUUGCAGACGGAAAUGAAACAGAAAUCAACGAGCAGAUCGCUCAAUUCUUAGGGCAGGAUGCAUCGUCCGACCCAGUGAAUACCGUCACGGUGGACAUAGGAGACGGGAAAUCGGCGUCGCAGGAUACACUAGCCUACAUCCUCGCUCUCACGCGACCUUCAGACCUCUGUUCUGCCGCUCUCUUCGCACGAUCUCUGUCACUCACGCCCGACUCGUCUGAUCGGCUCGUCCUCCUGUAUCCAUCAACCUGGGAGAGCUCAGUCACCGACCUACAUAUGUCUGCGCUGACAUUCAUGCGCGACCUCCACGACACACACCCCAUCAUCUUUCACCCGGUCGAGUUCGUCAAGGGUUGGGAGACUGCCACAACUCACGCACACCUGUUGGGCGAACUACAGCGGACGCCGUGGGACUUCAGUCGGAUGUUGUAUCUGAAGACGCCAGGGAUGAUCAUGGACGCGGAUGCAGUAACAGAGGCUUUGAGGACAAGUAGUGCCAAGAAGAUGUGGACGCCAAUGACAAGCGCGGUGGGGGAGGACCCAGAGGUACUGAUGUGGGAGAAGAGAAGGGGCUUGUUGAUGCCAAGGGGCGAAAUGAGAGGACUCGUGGGUCGCCAUGGCAGUGAGGGGACUUUGCCAUCAGAGCAUUCUGCGAUGACCGUUCAAGAAGAGGACGAGAAGGCCGCGCCCGUGAACGGGUCGUACCAGAAGCCAUACGUGGUGUUUGGGCAUGGCGAAAAGGGCGAAGAAGGCGAUCUGCACUCACAGUUCGAGAUUGGACUGAAUUCUGUUUGCGCUGGACGAGGGCUGUUGCUGGAUCAGGAUGAUCGAGUAGAGCUUAGACGCUCAUGA